GCGCGGGCGCGGGCGGAAGGGCUCGCAACAGCACUGUCACCCAGCUGCAGCAGCAGCAGCUCACUCGGAGCAAAGGCAACUCAGGGCUGGCUUGCUGGCUUGGCGCGGAUUCCGGCUGCCGCUCACUUCAGUGGGAGACAACUCCCUCCCCCUCCCGCCCCGCUGUCUUGUUCCCCCCUUUCCCCCCUCCCCAAAGCCCUCGGGCACCCCCCAGGUAAGAGGUCGGAGCACCCACCGUGUUCUCCCCCAGGAGCCGGCUGCCCGCACCAGCAAUCCCGCAAGGGAAGCAAACUCUCAGCUCCGGCGGGUUGCUUCUCGCCCCUCGCUUGUUCGCCCCUCGCAACCUGGGCAUCACUGUCAACCCCAACUGCAACGGUCCAGCUCUUAUUUCUGUUCCUGCAUCUCGCCCUGCUUUGCGAUUUGUAAACGCAUUUUACCUGCGAUCGCACCAAUUCGUGGAGUGAAGCUUGCAAAAUGUCCUAAAGUCUGACCACUGCCGUCAACUGGCCUCUCCACUUCGAUAUUGGAAGCGGCUGUGACAACGGUGUCCCCAAAACAGUAGGACCAGUCAUGAAGACACAUCUGACCAUGAACAAAUUUCAGCCUUCAGCCCUUAUUAGUCUGGUGUUGAUGGUUUCUUGGCUAGUAGGAACAGGGCAACCUAGUUCAGUCGAAGAUGAAGCAAGGGACAAAAUCACGGUCUUUACUAGAAUUCUUGACCGAUUACUGGAUGGCUAUGACAACCGGUUAAGACCAGGAUUAGGAGAGAGAAUAACGGAAGUGAAGACUGACAUCUAUGUAACCAGCUUUGGACCAGUUUCAGACACCGACAUGGAAUAUACAAUUGAUGUAUUCUUUCGACAAAGAUGGAAAGAUGAAAGGCUUAAAUUUAAGGGUCCAAUGAACAUUCUUCGAUUGAACAAUCUGAUGGCCAGUAAGAUAUGGACACCAGACACAUUCUUUUAUAAUGGCAAGAAAUCGGUGGCGCAUAACAUGACCAUGCCAAACAAACUGCUCCGAAUACAAGAUGAUGGAACUCUUCUUUAUACAAUGAGGCUUACUGUUCAAGCUGAGUGCCCAAUGCAUCUGGAGGAUUUUCCAAUGGAUGCACACGCUUGCCCCUUGAAAUUUGGAAGCUAUGCAUAUACCCGUUUUGAGGUGAAUUACAAUUGGACUUAUGGACCAGCAAAAUCCGUGGAGGUUGCAGAAGAUGGUUCUCGCCUGAAUCAGUAUGACCUACUCGGACAAACUGUGGGUGAAGAACUUAUCAGGUCCAGUACAGGCGAAUAUAAAGUCAUGACAACAUAUUUCCAUCUGAAAAGAAAAAUCGGAUACUUUGUGAUCCAGACCUACCUGCCAUGCAUCAUGACUGUCAUACUCUCACAAGUGUCAUUCUGGUUGAACAGAGAGUCAGUGCCUGCAAGGACUGUCUUUGGAGUGACAACAGUACUUACAAUGACAACUCUGAGUAUCAGUGCUCGAAACUCUCUUCCUAAAGUUGCUUAUGCCACUGCCAUGGACUGGUUUAUUGCAGUCUGCUAUGCCUUUGUGUUUUCUGCACUAAUAGAAUUUGCCACAGUAAAUUAUUUUACGAAAAGAGGCUGGGCUUGGGAUGGCAAAAGUGUUGUGAAUGAUAAGAAGAAAAAAAAGGCUUCCGUCAUGAAGAAAAAUAAUGCGUAUGCAGUGGCAGUUGCCAAUUAUGCACCUAAUAUCACCAAGGACUCAGUAUUGCCAACGAUUGCGAAGAGUGCAACUGCAGAGCCAAAAGAGGCCAAACCAGAGACCAAGCCACAGGAGGCCAAGAAAACAUUUAACAGCGUAAGCAAAAUUGACAGAAUGUCCAGGAUAAUGUUCCCAGUUUUAUUUGGAACUUUCAAUUUAGUGUACUGGGCUACAUACUUAAACAGAGAACCAGUUAUUAAAGAGAUAAAGAAUGAUGCCCCAACAUAAUCAUUGAUGCAAUUUAAGCGUGUGGAAUUUCUAAAGGAUGAUGAUGCCAAAUACAACCGGUAAUUGCUAAUCUAUGUACUUUGGUAUGUCUUUGAAUUAAACCUUUACUUUAUCAUGUUUCAUUCAGAAAAGACCUGCAGAAUCCAUGCAACCCAUGUGUCAAUUUAUAAAAACGAUUCAAGCUGCAAACUCAAUGAAGGAACAAUUGACAUAAGCUAUUGGAACAGUAAAUGGAUUAGUUAUAACAACAGACACAGAGGUCAUUUUUAAUAUGAUAGUCUGGACAGUAAUCUGGCUGAGCAGACCACUCAACUAUUGCAGAAUCCACAUGUUUUUCAUUGUAAUCAAAGGAUUACAAAUCAGAAGCUUUUACAAUGGGUUGUCAUCAUUCUGCCAGGUUACUGUCCAGGUGAAAGAUUGAAAUCUGCUUCCUUAAAGUAUGAUGGGCAAAGCAUGGGAUUAUGAAUUCAAAUGAGCCACAAUGUUUACAAGGUUUUGCAUUACAGAUACAGUCAAAGGAGUUCAUAUGUUAGCACUUAUUGGUUGAAUUAAACAAUUAGGUUACUACUCCUAUGAUUUUUAAAAAUGUAAUACCACAUGUUAUAUGAAAGUGUUGAUGGCUAAAAGUAGUAUAUAGUGAUUUUUAAUUUCCUGUGUCUAAUACACAAUUUACUUUGGUUCAAGUGCAAAACUUUAACUUGUAAAAAAAAGUUUAUAUAUUGUGCAAGAAAUACUUUACGUUUAAAGAAACGCAAACGCUAGGUUUCUCUAAAAAAAAUCUUAUAACACAACUUUAAUGUUUACUUUAUUGUAUUUCUUCCACAUUUGUUUUGUGUUGCCAUUUUGGUUUUAAUGUUGAAUAUGAUGCAUGUGAUUUGGGGAUUUGCAUGAUGAUACCCGUGCCGAGGUCAUAGAACAGAUCCUGUGACUAACCCAACAAUGGCAUCAUACAAUGCACAGAAAAAAUUGCCUCACUAACCACAUUAACAUCUCUGAAAUCCAUUUUACCUUCAGAACCAACUUUAACAUUGCAGAACCUUGAGGGAUACAAUAAAGAAAAGUUAACCCAAAGCUGUGUUUGAUAGAUUUCCUUCCAAGAUUUUGGUCCAAGUCAAGAUUUUGUUAGAUAUUUUGUAAAGCAAAACAUUAAAAAAUCAGGGGAUUGCAAUUUAAGUAACACAAUUAUUUUCUCCUAGAAUCAUUUCUAAAAUGUACUGCAAUUUUGAUAAGUUAACAACCUGCAAAAUUGUGUGAACAAUGAGUGCCAUUUAUUUUUUGUGUGUGUUUCUUUUAUUAAUCAACAAGUAGAAACAUGACAUUAAAUUGUUGGCAGUUCUUGGUGUUUACAUGUUGUCUUUAUCGUAGAAAUUGAUUAUUUUACAGAUGAUGAAAGAUAAAAGGGCCAAUUUUAACUUGGGUUUGGGAAUUGGUAAUGAUGGGGCUGAAGCAGGUGAUGUGCAGUCAAGUCAGAGGCAUUCAGAGAGCACGGAAAUAGAGUGUAGGUCCUUCGGCCCACAGGUACUUAUCUAUGCUGAUUCAUUUCCCAAGACCUUCCCUUAGCCUUUGGCAUUAUCAAAUGUUUAUCUAAAUAAAUGUGACUACUCAAUUUCACGAUUCAUUUCUAUUUGCUAUUUCUCAACCCAUCUUACUGAAUUUAAUUCUGUAGCCAAAGACAAUUCUCCAGAACACCACCAACUAUCUUCAAUGUAAUCUGCAAACUUACUUAUCUUAUCUCCUACAAUCACAUCCAUAUUGUAAAUGCAUAUAAUAAAGAUCAAGGCUCCCAGAACCAAUUCCUACAGUACCCCUUAUGUCACAGACUUUUAAUCACUAAAAUAACCUUUAAUCAUCUCCUUCAACUUCCUAUCUUAGCUUUUGAACCAGUCUCUCAUGCAGAACCCUGCCAAAGACCGCACUGAAAUCCAUGUAGGCUACAUCAUUGCAAUAGUCUCAUUCACACACCUAGUCACCUCCUCAAACACCCACUCAGUUAAUCAGACGGAAUCUCCCAUUUUCAAAAUUGAUCCUUGAUCAAUUACUGCUUCUCCCAGUGUAUACUUGAGACACUCAGAGAAAGAAUAUUGAUAGUAAACUCCGCGGCUUGUAAUUGCCAGCCUUACUCCUGUUGCCCAUCUUGAACAGAGGCACCACAAUCACUGGCCACCAGUCAUCCGGCACUUCUUCUGUGGCCUGAGGAAAAUUUACAGUUUCCAUCAGAGCUUCUCCAUCUCCUCACCUGUAAUGUGAGGCCUGGGAAACUUUAAAUCCUGGACUUACUUUGUAUUUCACAACAGGAUACCAGCUCUCACUGCUGCUUGCAAUAAAUUGGCAAAUUUCCCCAAUCUUUUGCUGUGUGUCUACAGCAGACUCAGAUCACCGGUAAAGCCACAUGGUGCUUGUUAAAUCCAGGAGGACCAUUAACAGCAGAACGGUCGUUGUAACCUAAUUUUCCACUGGGUUCCGAUAACAGGAUCCAGAGUUGCAUUUUUAGAGAUGCAUGUUUUAGGUAUGCAGCAGAGCACCAAAUUAAUAUUUAACUAUUGAUGCUCCUCUGGUGCGGGAAAAUCAUUAAAAUAAUUUAGGAAGUUUUAUUCUUAAGACCUCAAGUUAAAUCUCAUCUGCCCUUCGCGGAAAGUACAACUUAAAUCUGUUGAGGAUUUUGUUGGAGUGAUUGACUCUCAUUCUUUUAGAUUUUUAGAAUGUUAUGUUAAGCGAAGAAAAUUAAAACUUUGGACACAGAUCAAUAACAAAAAUAAAGAAAAUUAUGUUUUUCUAGUAUUUACUUAAUUAUAAUGCAUGCAAGUACAG